AUGUUGCUCUUCUGCCCCAACUGCGCCAACAUCCUCACCGUCUCCGCCUUCGCCGGCGUGCGCAACCGCCUCGAGUGUCGCACCUGCCCCUUCGAGCAUGCCAUUACGGAGCCCAUCUACUCGCGCCGCGAAUUCGAGCGCAAGGAGCGCGAGGACGUUUUUGGCGGCCCCGGCGAGUGGGACAACGCCGACAAGGCCCGGGCCCAGUGCCCCAAGGAAGGCUGCAACGGCGAAGAGGCCGCCUUCUUCCAGGUGCAGAUCCGCAGUGCCGACGAGCCCAUGACCACCUUCUACAAGUGCAUGACUUGCGGAAACCGGUGGAGAGAGAACUGA